AUGUCUGCCAACGAAAAUGUCGAGGUCAAGUCUUCGGGCAACAGUGAGACUGGUCGAGGACUUUUUGCCUCAAAGGACUUCAAGCCCGGAGAUGUUGUGCUCUCUGUCGACCGCCCUCUAGUGGCCGAGCUCGACAUGGAUCGCAUGAGCGAUAGUUGCGCCUGGUGUUUUCAACGUGGCGCAACCGACCCAAUGGAGCGCCAGUCCUCGGCUGCCAUGGGCCUUCCGGCUGGCUUCAUCGAGUGCAAAGCCUGCAGCGGGUGUCGACGCGUCUCGUACUGCUCCAAGAAAUGCCAGAGCAAGGCUUGGAAGGCUGAGCACAAGUACGAGUGCAAAGUGCUGGCCCCUAGCGAGCGGCCUGCCCUGCCCGACGCUGUUCGAGCCGUCAUCAAACUGCUGGGACGCCUCAAAGCGGAAGGUGACAAGGACGGCAGAACAAAGGAGCUUUUGAGCUUCUUUCCAUUCGCCGGCGGUCAGGGCCUGGAGGAAUUUGCCCGACGGGACAAGAAGCUCUUUGAUGAUUUGAGCAUGAUGGGCUUCGCUGCGUGGAAGUAUGUCGGCGAACCAAAUCUGCCAGGCGUCGACUCGCAAAAUAUUGCCAAGGCUUUCACUUUCAACAUUCUAUGCAACAAAUUUGGCCUCAGCUCACCGCUGGACGACACCCACCUCGGCAUUGGGUUUGAUCCUCUAAUCUGCACCUCAAACCAUUCUUGCGAUCCCAAUGUGAAUCUCGUCUUCAAUCAGCCGACCACAGUCCUAAGAGCGCUCAAGCCAAUCAAGAAGGGAGAAGAGAUAUUAAUGAAGUAUAUUGAUGUCACAAAUCCCUACAGCGUAAGGCAGGCUGAGCUUAGCGAAACCUAUCACUUCACCUGCAAAUGUUCAAAGUGCAAGAAGGGAGCUACCGACAGGGAAGAUAUCUUUUCCAAGCCUGCAAGCGAACUUUCGAGCGAGUAUCGCAAACGCGCUGAUGCCCUUGUGGCUCGUCAUGAGAAGCAAUUGGCAAGAUUCCUCGUCCCGGGAGGCAAUGAGGCUGACCAAAAGAGACUGGCGGCCCUGCAGGCAGAGGCCUUUUCAGUCUCAGGCACACUUACAGAUGUCAGGGACCCCAGUCUGGAGGAGAUCAAGGACACACUCAAAAUGUGCAUUGAUUCUGGACUUUGGACGUGGACAAGACAGCCGGUGCCGCGACUGUGCCAUCAACUCUUCGCCAAGUACAUCGCAACCGGUGACCCCUACGGAGCCUUUAGGAUCGGCCUGAAGUUGUAUUUCGAGAUCUCUCCUAGCCUUUACCCUCAGACAUUUUCAUCCGACAGGCUGGUCGACUCAUGGGCCAUGUCGACGGUUACCAAUGUCCUCUGCGGCCCAAUGAGUAAAGAAGUGUAUGACGAGUUCAUGCAAAACGGCGUCGACCUGCGCAUCGCGUAUUUUGGCUUUCUCUUUGCCGUUCAUGAUGAUAUGCCAAAGAUGUUUGGCGUGGAUUCACCAUUUGGAAAAGUCGUCGAGAGCACAUACAGUCAAAUCAUGGCUGGUGUCACCAUCCACGAGUCAGAAAUCCGAGACAAGGUCAAGACCUUGUGGCCAUCACUGGAGAUGAUAGGUAGGAGCGUUACUGUCCAGAGCCUGUAA